AUGCCUCCCAAAGUCGAUCCCAAUGAGAUCAAGAUCAUCCACCUCCGAGCCACUGGCGGCGAGGUGGGUGCUUCUUCGGCUCUCGCACCCAAGAUUGGCCCUUUGGGGUUGUCCCCAAAGAAAGUCGGCGAAGAUAUCGCAAAGGCAACUGGUGACUGGAAAGGCUUGCGCGUGACUGUCAAGCUCACCAUCCAGAACCGCCAAGCCCAAGUGUCCGUCGUGCCGACCGCCUCCACCCUUGUCAUCAAGGCUCUCAAGGAGCCUCCGCGCGAUCGAAAGAAGGAAAAGAACAUCAAGCACAGCAAGUCUGUCAGCCUGGAUGAGAUUAUUGAAAUCGCACGAACCAUGCGUUUCAAAUCCUUCUCAAAGGAUCUGAAGGGCACGGUCAAGGAGAUUCUUGGGACGGCAUAUAGCGUUGGAUGCCAGGUGGACGGCAAGCCGCCCAAGGUCAUCAACGACGCUAUUAACAACGGAGAAAUUGACAUCCCGGAAGAAUAG